AAAGAGUAUGGCCCUGUGUUCACCGUGUACCUGGGCAUGAAGCCCACUGUGCUGCUGUAUGGAGACGAAGCACUGAAGGAAGCUCUGAUUGACCGUGGAGAUGAGUUUUCUGGCAAAAUGCAAUCAGCUAUCCUCAGUCAAGUCAAGCAAGGGUUAGGCAUCGUCUUCAGCAAUGGGGAAACCUGGAAACAAACACGGUGUUUCUCCCUCAUGGUCUUAAGGUCUAUGGGAAUGGGAAAGAAAACUACUGAAGACCGAAUUCAGGAGGAAGUUCUUUGUCUGGUAGAAGCAUUGAGAAAAACCAAUGGGUGUCCUUGUGACCCUAGCUUUCUUCUCUCCUGUGUUCCCUGCAAUGUGAUCUCUGCUGUCAUUUUCCAGCAUCGUUUUGACUACAAUGAUGUGCUAUUCAAAGACUUCAUGGAACAUUUUGACAGGAGUAUUAAACUUUUAGCAUCUCCUUGGAUCCAGCUGUGCAGUGCCUACCCUGCUUUAUGCCAUCUCCCAGGAAGCCAUAAUGAAUACUUGAAGAUUCUGACUGAAAUUAAAGCAUUCAUAUUGAGGGAAAUAAAAAGGCAUCAAGAAUCUCUGAACCUCAGUAGCCCUCAGGACUUUAUUGACCAUUUCCUGAUUAAAAUGGAAAAGGAAAAAUACAAUAAAAAGUCUGAAUUUACCAUGGACAACCUGAUCAUCACCAUAGCUGAUCUUUUUGGUGCGGGAACAGAGACCACGAGUUCCACAAUGAAAUAUGGACUUUUGCUCCUACUGAAGCACCCAGAGGUCACAGUAUCUAAAAUUCAGGAAGAAAUUGCACGUGUGAUCGGCAGCCAUCGGAGGCCCUGCAUGCAGGACAGGAAUCACAUGCCCUACACAGAUGCUGUGCUGCAUGAGAUCCAGAGAUACAUUGAUUUUGUUCAUUCCCUUUCACGUACAACAACACAGGAUGUACAGUUCAGAGGAUACCACAUUCCCAAGGGCACAGGUGUAAUGACAUGUCUGACUUCUGUCCUGCAUGAUGACAAAGAGUUUCCCCACCCAGAGAAGUUUGAUCCUGGCCACUUUCUGGAUGAGAGAGGCAACUUCAAGAAGAGUGACUACUUCAUGGCUUCAGUAGGCAAAAGAGCUUGUAUCGGAGAAGGCCUGGCCCGCAUGGAGAUGUUUUUAAUCCUGACCAGCAUCUUACAAAAUUUUUCUCCAAAACCUCUGGUCAAUCCAGAGGACAUUGACACCACCCCAAUUCAAACUGGUCUCUUGUUUCUGCCUCCGUCCUAUGAGCUCUGUUUCAUUCCAGUCUGA